CCCUCCUCGCCCAAUCCCAUGCCAUCUGUUACACAUUUCCUCUCCAUGCACCUAACAUAAAUAUCCCCCAUUUUCUGCACUCUCUCACCCACCCACAGAGAACGAAGAACGAACCAUGGAGGGCAUCACCGCCACCGUCUACAAGGGUUUCAAGGAGUAUUGGAGGAGAAAGGGGUAUCAGAGGAUAAACGGGUCGUCGUCGGGUCGGAGGAGGAGGAACCGGGUCGAACUGGGAAGCACCCGAACCCGGAGGGGCCGGUUCUGGAGGUGGAAGAUCAAGCUCUCACCCAAGAUCCGAAUCCGAAAAAUCCCUUCCCCCAAGAAGAUGGUGGUGUGGGUGAGGGACGCGUACGUUAGGAUGAUGCUUGGGUUAGCCAACUCGCGCGUCAUGACCAUGGGUUCCUCUGCUUCGGGCUUCGGUGGGGCCCUGCCAGGGGGAGACACUAGCUUUGGUGGGUUCGGGCGGGCCCCACCCAAGGAGUACGAUGAGAAGAUGAUCAUUCAGAUCUACAAGUCCAUCCUCAUGGCUCACGGGCAGUUAGUUCCUAACGACGCUGCCAGAAUCGCCUCUCAGAUUUCUUGCCGACGGUGACG